AUGAAUGGUGAGUAUUCAUCAUCAACUAGUAAUCCAUCAGCAAGUGAUGUCAGUAUUUCAGGUGAUAAAGAUGAAAAAAAGAACUUAAGUCCUUAUGAAAAAAUUCUAUUGGAUGUAAAAUAUGAUGCACGCUUUAAAGCUGAAGAAACAAAUGGUCGACGUAUUGGAUUCUAUCGUAUUUUCAAAGAUAUCGGUUUAGGCAGUUUUUCAAGAGUUAAACUUGGUCGACAUUUACUGGCUCACGAAAAAGUAGCAAUUAAAAUUCUUGACAAAACCAAAAUUGAUGAAAAAACUCAACGUUUACUUUUACGUGAAAUAACUUCAAUGGAACGAUUAUAUCAUCCCAACAUAAUACGACUAUAUGAAGUUAUUGAAACACCAAAAGAUAUUUAUAUUGUUACUGAAUAUGCAUCUGGUGGUGAUCUUUACACAUGUAUAAAUCAUACUGGAAAAUUUCCUGAAGAUGAAGCUAAACAUAUAUUUGCUCAGAUAACUGCUGCUAUUGAUCAUAUGCAUAGCAAAGGUAUUGUUCAUCGUGAUAUAAAAACUGAAAAUGUCUUCUUUGCCAAAGAACGUCUAAUAAAGUUAGGUGAUUUAGGUUUUAGUACAUUUACAGAAAAAAAUCAAACAUUAACAACAUUUUGCGGUAGUCCGCCGUAUGCAGCACCAGAAUUAUAUCGAGAUGAAAAUUAUAUUGGAAUUUAUGUUGAUAUAUGGGCUAUGGGUAUAACAUUAUUUUUUAUGGUAACAGGUCUCAUGCCAUUUCGAGCAGAAAAUAUUGGAAAACUAAAACAGUCUAUUAUCGAUGGACAUUAUUCUAUACCAGGACAUGUUUCAAAUCAGUGUCAAGAACUUAUACAUGGACUUCUCAAUCAUGAAAUAAUGGAGCGUUGGUCAAUAAACAGAGUUCGUUCUUGUGCAUGGCUUACUCAUCAAAGUUUUCCUAAGGAAUUUGAACCAUUUUCGAUGGAUUUAAAUGAACAUUGUGCAUCUUCCAAUAAAAAUAAAAGAUCUCCUAUUGAAAAUGAAGCAUAUCUAAGAUUAAAACAAUUGGGUAUUACAUCUGAACAUUUACAAGCAAUGAGUGAAAAUUCAGAUGAGAAUCACUUAUCUAAUCGUGAUAAUAUUAAUGGAACAUAUAGAAUUCUAUUGCAUCGUUUACAAAAACAGUCCACUGCUCUUGAACGUGAUCCUUUAUAUGGUAAACAAAGUCAUGAAGACUUUUCUUCAUCCGGAACUCAGAAAAUAUCUGGGUCUAUUGACACCGGUGAGCAAAAGCAUAUACAAAAUUUACAUCAAACUCAAACACAGAAGGCGAGAGUAUGCAUCAUAUUAUGA